ACCGGGGUUCAGCAACAUUCACUGCGGCUAGGACGCGUACAGGUCACUGAGGCAGAACUUUCCGAUUCUCGCGCCUUCGUUCGUUUCUGCGGACCAGCGGAGACUCCUCCACACUGCCCACCGCCCAAUGAUCCCACAGCCGCAAACCGCCCCAAAGCCAGCGCCGAAAGCCGAAGCCGGAAGCCCCGCCCCACGCAGGGCCCGCCCGAACGUUCCCGUUCCUGGGCCGCCAUUGGCCAAGUCUGAACGGCCGCACGUCGAGGCUCCUUAUGGGAAAUGUAGUUCACGGCCCGCUUCAGGAGCUAGCGGCGCCCUCCCUUAUCGCCUUGGCAACGACCCAGCCGCGCCGCGAGGAGAGCCGGGAAUGGAGGUCGUGGCGUGAGGGGCGCCGAGCGAGGGGAGGCGCGGGCCACGGGAGUUCCGGCGUUGCCCGGCAGUCCGCAGUCCUCGGCGGGAAGGCUGUCCCGGCGCCUCAGGCAGCUCUGCGUGGGCCGGGGUGACUUCCUCGCGAUCCCCUGCGCCAGGUGAAGGGCAGGGACCCUUGCCGCGCCUUCCACGCGCCGUGCCCCACCGGCGAGUGGCUCCAUCUUCCUCAGACUUGUCGCUCGCGGACAGGCGCCGUGGGUCUCCCGGGCCUCCGUACGGUCCUCCUUCCCAGCGGCUCCGGGAAGCGGUUCCCUGUCUUCGGACGCAUUUCACCCGCGCGGGGAGAGCUUCCCGGGAAGGUUCCACGGCGGCCGAGGGUUUCCGCGCCCGGGACGCGUUUCGGCUGAGGCCGUGGGUCCAGGCCACGGGUUCUGCCCGCACGGUCCAAUGGCCGGGGAGGCGGAGGGCUUGGUGAUGUUUGAGGAUGUGACGGUAUAUUUCUCCAGGGAGGAGUGGGGGCUCCUUAAUGUGACCCAGAAGGGCCUAUACCGGGAUGUGAUGCUGGAGAACUUUGCACUCGUUAGCUCACUGGGACUUGCACCUUCAAGAUCCCCUGUGUUUACCCAGCUGGAGGAUGAUGAACAGUCAUGGGUGCCCAGCUGGGUGGAUGUGACUCCAGUCAGCAGAGCAGAAGCCAGGAGAGGUUUUGGUCUUGAUGGUUUGUGUAGAGUGGAGGAUGAGAGAGCCCAUCCUGAGCAUCUAAAGAGCUACAGAGUCAUCCAGCACCAGGACACUCAUAGUGAGGGGAAACCAAGAAGGCACACUGAGCAUGGGGCAGCCUUCCCACCUGGUUCCAGUUGUGGGCAACAGCAAGAAGUCCAUGUGGCAGAGAAGCUGUUCAAAUGCAGUGACUGUGGGAAGGUGUUCUUAAAGGCCUUUGCCCUCCUUGACCAUCUGAUAACGCAUUCUGAAGAGAGACCCUUCAGAUGCCCAACAGGCAGAAGUGCUUUCAAGAAGAAGUCAGCUCAUAUUAACCCCCGAAAAAUUCACACUGGAGAAACAGCCCAUGUGUGUAAUGAAUGUGGGAAGGCCUUCAGUUACCCGUCUAAGCUGAGGAAACACCAGAAGGUUCACACAGGCAUAAAACCUUUUAAGUGUAGUGACUGUGGUAAAACCUUCAACCGCAAAGACGCACUUGUUCUACACCAGAGGAUUCACACUGGAGAAAGGCCUUACGAGUGCAGCAAAUGUGGUAAAACCUUCAGUGUUCUGUCUACCCUCAUUCGGCACCGGAAAGUGCACAUUGGAGAAAGGCCCUAUGAGUGUACAGAAUGUGGGAAGUUCUUUAAAUAUAAUAAUAGCUUCAUUCUUCACCAGAGAGUUCACACUGGAGAAAGGCCUUUUGAAUGCAAGCAAUGUGGGAAAGGCUACGUGACCCGUUCAGGCCUCUAUCAGCACUGGAAAGUCCACACUGGGGAACGGCCCUAUGAAUGUAGCCUGUGUGGGAAAACCUUCACUACCAGAUCCUACCGCAAUCGGCACCAGCAGUUCCACACUGAAGAGAGGUCUUAUGAAUGUACAGAGUGUGGGAAAGCCUUCAAACAUAGUUCCACCCUCCUUCAGCACAAGAAAGUCCAUACUCCAGAAAGGUGUCAGGAGGACAGGGCACAUGGGAAAGUCGUUAGCUGCUAGCACCGUGUUCAUCAGGAAAGGUCUUAUUCCAGAAAGGAGGUUGAGGAGAGUGGCCGUGAGAGUGCCAUCCGAAAGAAGCUAAACCUUGCACAUCCCAACACCCACCCCAGGGAGAGUUCCCGUGUGUGCCUGGUGUGUGGGACGCUUUCGGGAGCCACAUUGCACUCUGACUUGCCUGGGGCUGUUGGCAGUGUCACAUCACUGAGUUUAUCCACUGCCAUCCACCUCUAUCCACCCCAUAAGGUCCCUACAGCAGACCUUGUGCUCCUUGCUCUAAACAGUAGAGAAUCAUUAAUAGUGGAGCCCAAAACAGGCCUCAUUCCCUACCCUUGACUAGUUUAGCUGUGGACAUGACCCACCUCUGGCCAGAGGAGCUGAGCUGGUAUCUGCUGGGGGCUUCCUGGGAAGGUUUACCAUUUUCAUGGAAAUGGUUGACAUUACACAUGGUAUUUGUCAUGCCCUAGCAUGGACUGUCUCAUACUGCUCUGGACUGUGUGGUAAUAAAGGCUUUAUUGUUUAA